AUGGAGUUGCCGGACGGGUCAACAGAAGUUGUCCACCCUGAAGUUCGCGCGCACAUCAACAGUCUUGUGUCCGCGCUCGGUGGCACAAGCGCUGACGACGAUGGACGAUACAGACUGGGCGAUGACGCCGUCGAAGUCCUCCGCGAUUUGAAGAAAUGGAUUCGCUACUACGACGAAAAAACCAACCGCAUGGAUGUCGCCCGAUGCAUUGCAGACUCCAAUAUCGUCGAAGGCGACCUUCUCCAGAUCCUCGCGAGCUGGCCCGAGAAUGAUACCAGUAACAAGUUCAAAGCCCGCAUCGCUUUAGCCUGCUUUGAGAUCAUGGUUCCCCUUACUUGGCCCAUGGAAAGAGACGCUGAACGAAUGACGGUCAACCACCAUCGCCACAUGCCUGUUCUUGAGCUGGCGCAAGUGGCAUACAAGCGGGCCAUCAUCAACUUCGACGGCGCCCAGAUUCUCAACACAGCUAUCCGAGCAGCGCUGCCGUCGAUGGCAAUCUCCAUUGGCGACCGAUCACCCCGCGACCAGGGCAUCAUCAAGCUCGUGCUCUUCUUCCUACGCAACGUGGCAAUGAUCACCCCACCUGCGGGUGUUCAAUACGAUGGCGACGAGACCCAGAUAUCCCGCUCCACGACGAUAGACGCAUUUUCCUUCCAGGAUAUCUUUGCCGUGCUGCUGAUGAUUGCCUCGAACAUGGGGGAAGACUUCCGUACCGAAGACGUUAUUCUCAUGGAAGUCAUAUACCACCUGGUCAAACAAGUGGAGGUUAAGAAGCUAUUCAUGGACGAACAGCAAUUACACAAUACAAAGGCCCAAGAACUCUCCUCAAUGAUGAAGAAGGAGAAUGCCAUGCGCAGUGCGUUCAACCGCAAGGCGCCCACCCGCCACAACCGUUUCGGCACCAUGGUAUGGAUGCAACGUGAAGACGGCAGGGUAUCAACAAUCACUGGCCAGGACGCGCUCGCAGACAGUGCUACGCGGCAAAAGAAACUGGACGAGUCCAAAACAUUUAAACCACCGCGACGGGCCAAGAAGGAAGAGCUGGAAUCGAAGGAUCUUGGUGCUCCAGUCAAGCUUAAUGCAAGGGCUAACGGCCAGCUUCGAAGUUUCGUCGAGGAUUUCCUCGAUGCUGGUUUCAACCCUCUGUUCGAGCACAUUCGCAAAUCUCUGGAUCGAGAGGCGCCCCACGUUCUGUCUUACCAUCGUCGGCAGUUCAUGUACCUCGUCGCCUGGUUUCUGGAAGCGGAGCGAACUCGCAGAAAGUACAAACGAGACUUGAAGAAACCAGGCACCGUCGAAGAGGUUAGCAGCUUCAAUCUCGUGGCCGGUGUGCUCAAUCAGCCAAUGUUCGUCACCCUCACGAAAACCAUGCACGACGCUUGGGACCAGAAGGAUUGGCCCACCCUGACGGCUGCGAUGCGGUGCUUCACGCAGGUUCUUCUUACAGUUCAGGAGAUGACAGAGUCAGGAAACGAAGAUGACGAGGAGAUUGCGGAAAACACAUUGAGCCGUCUCUUCUACGAAGACUCCACGCACGAUUUGAUUGCCAAUGUCGUCAGACAAUACAAGGAGCAAGGUUUCGAGUACCUCGACACCGCCACAGAGCUGGUCCAUCACUUCUUGCGAAUUUUGGAGGCCUACUCGAAACAAAAUGUCGACAUGCAAGUAAGGUCUCGCAAGCGGACUCGGCGAAAGAAGAAAGCCCAACAAGAAGAAGCAGGCAUCGAUACAAUUGACGAAGGGAACGACGAUUCUGCCAACGAUGAGGCAAACGCCGAAAAGACAUCCAAAGAGCGCAAGUUCGACUUCCAUCGAUUCACAUCGCGGUUCGCACCCCAAGGUGUUGUCGAUACUUUUGUCGCUUUCACCAAGUUCUACAAGGAUCUCGAUGACUCUCAGCUGAAGCGUGCUCAUCGCUACUUUUAUCGCGUAGCCUUUAAACAGGAGAUGAGUGUGAUGCUCUUCCGCGUUGAUAUUGUGCAUCUCUUUUACAACAUGAUUAAGGGACCGGAACCGCUGGACAAAAACUCCUCAAUGUACAAGGAGUGGGAAGAACUAACCAAGCAAAUCCUGAAAAAAUGCACGCGCAAGAUUGAGCAGCGGCCCGAACUCAUCAUUGAGAUGCUGUUCUCCAAGAUCAGCAGCACCGCGUUUUACCUGGAAUAUGGUUAUGAGAAACAAACCAUUUCGACCUCGCAUCCUCGGCCCGCUGCAGAACUCGAGUUCAGGCACACUGCAGACCUGGACCGACAAAUCGCCAUCGUCGUUGGUGCUCUGCUUGACAAGAAUCAACAGGAUCAUAUCGCGUGGGUCAAAAAGAAUCUUGAGACUGCGGAAAGUGAGCGUGCUGCCUGGGCGGCGGCGGAUUUGGCCAUACCGUCGGUUGAGGGCACGGGUGCGACCGACGAGGACGCACAACCGACCGACGAGAUGGACAAACAUCCAUUUACUGUACGGCCGGAUAGCGAUGCCCGCAAGACUGCCAUAUUCAAAAAUUCUCACCUUCGCCUCCUUAUGAAACUGGUGGGAUUUGAAAGGCUAGCACCGACUAUCGAGGAGACGCCACAAUCUGUAUGGAUCCUUCCACCUGAACUUGAUGCCGCUCUUCUCCGCAUGUACCUCAGGCACAUCAACGAAGCCGAGUUUGACCCGCCCGUCUUUGAUGGUGCCAGUGCGGAGGACCAACUUCGGCGCAAGAAAGCGGUCCGAAAGCGAGCCGAGUACGACGACGACGACGAGGAUAAUGAUGACGAUGACGGCUUCCUCUUCGAACCCCUAGGGCCUACCGUUCGCAAAGCCAUUGACGAUCCUGAUUCCAAAAAGACGAAGCGGAGGCGGCGCAGAAAAGACGGCGAGGAAGGCGAAGAAGAGGCGCCGAACGAUUCUGAUUUGGAAGAAAGGGCGAAGAAGCGCAGGGACCGUGAGAGAGAGAAAGCGAGAAAGGUCAAGAGCGAGGCGUAUGUCCACGCUAGCGAUGAUGACACGGACGAGGAAUACGACCGCGAGUUCUUCCAACGAGAAGAGGCACAACGCUUGCGCAUGGCGCGUACUGUAGAGAGGGUUGCGGUUUCAGAGCCGGCCAAGAGACCGGCAGCAGUACUGCUCGACGACAGCGAUGACAAUGACGAUGAUGUACUCACUGUGACGAGGGGUACCCAGUCGACUCGGCCCAGCGCCGACGUAGACAUGGAUGUCGAAAGCGAGGGCGAGCAGGACGCAGACAACGCUACGCCAUUGACAUCGAGUCCGUCAUCUUCUCAGGACAAGGGGUCUAGGAAACGGAGACGCCUGUCUCCUGAGGCACCGUCUGCUGAAGAAGGAGGGGUGAAAGCCCAAGAGAAGGCAGAUGCCGAGUCUGCAGGUGAGGAUGAUGAAGAUGCCCCGGUGCCUACGGCGCGCUCGCGGCAGCGCACGAGGGGAGGCUUUGUGAUGGACAGCAGCGACGAAGAGUGA